AUGACCGAUCAGUCGGAACCUCUGCAGACUUUCUCUGACACGGGUCAAAACCGCCCUGGAGGUUCAAAGCCUCUGAGUAAAGUGGAGAAGCAGCUGCAGGACCAAAGUUCAGAGCUGUUUGAAGAAGAAGAAGGAGAGGAGCCACACGGCAUCUGA